AUGUCGCCGCUGAGACCUUCAACUGUCGACAGCAAGUCCCGCAGCUCGACGGGCAAGCGCAAGUACCACCAGAAGUCCCGCAAUGGUUGCCUGACGUGCAAAAAGCGCCGGGUGAAAUGUGACGAACAGCGCCCCGUGUGCCAGAAGUGUAUCAACUUGAAGCUAGAGUGUGGUUAUGUUAACAGCGCCUCCGGUGACGAGUUUGACGAUAGCGACACCAAGCGCCGUCGCGUGACACCGGAGAGACUGCUUGAGCCGCCCUCACUUCCACAAACACAGACGCCAUUGGCGCUGGUGGUGGCGUCGCUAGCGCUGGCACCAGGUUCGUCAUCGCUAGCUCUGGUGGUGGCUCAGGUGGCAGCACAACAGUCGGCAGCGUCGUUAUCGCAGAACUUAGCGCUGGUGGCAAACGACAAGGCCGCCGCGGCGGGGCUUUCUUCUAACGCUAAGGUGGAAGCAGGGGCCGCGGGUUUACUGCUGAUAUCUACUCUACUCAAUUCGCUCGGGCAGGGAGGGCUGUCGCUCGCCGCUAAUCUUCUUGGAGCCGGCAACUUGAAUAACCUCAACAUGUCGCAUUUAGUGAAUAACUUGAGUGGCUUGGGUGGUGGCAUUGGUGGCCUUAAUCUCUCGUCAUUGGCUCAAUUAGCCCAGCUACAGUUUGAUCCGCUUGCCCUUGAUCCCCAACAAAGCGCCACUAACAAUGCACCCACUAAUAAUACUGCUACGGGAGGAGGCGCGUCGGGUGCCGAUCUUAUGAGCAUGCUUGGGCUGAUGCUUCCAGGGGCAGCAGCAGCAGCAGCAGCAGCAUCAGCACCUCUGGGUCUGCUGCUGAAUCUCGACAAUGACCCUCUUAACCAGUUUAAAGCCCCUAAUCCAGCGGCAAUGAUGGCAGCAGCGGCGGCGCUGGCGCUGGCAGCACUGAACGCGGAAGCCGCUGCCGCCGCUGAACAGAGCGAAGGCCACUCGCCAAUGAGCGAUACACCACAGUUGAACAUGCUCGACUUAAGGCUCAUGUUCCACUAUACCCUGCAAGUCGCCACCACCAUCACCGGCGCCGGCAUUUCCGACACCAAUAUCUGGAACUACGACAUCCCCAUGCUUGCGUUUGAGUUUCCCUUUUUGAUGCACCUGCUAUUGGCGUUUCUGGCCACUCACUUAAGUCGGACGGAGAAGGGGCUCGUACAAGCGGUCACCAGCCACCGAGGGGCAGCCCUCCGCCUUCUACGGGAAGAAGUGCUUAAUAUCAACGCCGCCAACACCGACGCCCUCGUGGCGCUGGCGCUCAUCCUCAUCAUGGACUCGUUGGCGAACGCGCUGUUCCCGCUGAGCACGCUGCCGAAGCUGCUCCCGGCGCUGGCGUGGAUCUUCCACGUCAAAGGUGCCGCCACCAUCUUGACGGCGGUGUGGCCGCUUACGGAGCAGCUGCGGUUCUACAAGUUUAUCAGCGUUGAUCUCGGCGACUUGGGCGAUAUCAUCAACAACAAGGUGAAUUUGGGAGGCAAGCACCAACAGUUCAGCGACUUGGAGUGCCACGACGCCGAGAUCGCCGACUUGUUCCCCGUGGCGAUCGACCUGCCGUACUUGGUCACCCUCGCCUACCUCAACAAGCUCCACAAGGAGCGCUAUAAGCUGGACUUCAUCCUCCGUAUCUUCGCCUUCCCCGCGUUGCUCGACAAGCUGUUCCUCCUGUUGUUGAUGACGGGCGACAUCAAGUCGAUGCGGAUCAUGCGCCUGUACUACAAGUUGUUGCGCUCGUUCACCACCGAGAUGAAGGACAAAGUGUGGUUUUUGGAAGGCGUAUCCCAGGUGCUCCCCGUCGACGUCGAGGAGUACGCCGGCGGCGCCGGCGGCAUGCACAUGAUGCUCGACUUCCUCGGGGGCGGGCCCCAGAUCGUCGAGAACGAGAUCGACGACGACCUCACCCUCGACGCCACCACCCUCAGCAAGUUGAUCGACCCCAACAAUCUCCCGCUGGACAUGGCCUCGAUGGACAUGGGCGACCUGGAGUUGAUGAACAUCAAGUAA